CACCACAAUAAAGAAUGUCGAAAUGUUCAUAGAACUAAUUAAAUUCAAUCUCUCCUCCAGUUAUUUCGUCCACCGUGGCAACUUCUACUGUCAAAAGUCGGGAACGGCAAUGGGUAACCCAUUGUCUCCGGCUCUUGCAGAUUUAGUGAUGGAAACAUUGCUAGAUCACGUGCUUGAAGGGAUUGAUAUUCCUAUUCCAUUUUUGAAAAAGUACGUCGACGAUUUGAUCACCGCUCUCCCAAUCGACAUGAUUGAACAUGUGAGAAAUGCGCUCAACGAGUUCAACUCACACAUUCAAUUCACGUGUGAAAUGGAAAAUAAUAAUCAGCUGCCGUAUCUUGACAUGCUGCUUAUACGCACAGCGCAGCAAAAAAUCGUCACCGACUGGUACAAAAAACCUGUAGCAUCGGGGCGCAUUUUGAAUUAUUUUUCAUUUCACCCUCUCACACAAAAACUAAACACGGCCACUGGCUUUAUUGGGAGAGUGUUCAAGUUGUCGACGUGCAGAUCAGAAAAUGAGAAAAAAGAGUUGGUCCGGGAUUAUCUGCUAAACAACAACUACUCAAGUUCAUUGAUAAAUCGGUUGAUAAACCGAUAUAUCAACAAGAACACAAACACACAUGAGAGUAACAGCAGUACACAUCCCGAACCAAAAAUGUAUCGAUCUCUUCACCACGUAGAGAAGCUCACGCCGGCUCUCGCAAAAGUCAUCAAUAGAAACUUCCCCAACGUUCAACUGGGCUUCAAAUGCGUCAAAACAAACAGACUGUUGUUUUCGAAGCUCAAAGAUGCAACGCCGCAGUUGGAGAAGAGAAAUGUGAUUUACCGCAUUCCCUGCGCCGAUUGCGACUGCGCAUACAUUGGGCUGACUACGCAACAGUUGAAAAACCGUCUCUCUGGGCAUCGGUCUCUCAUUAACCGAUACGCAGAUUUGAAAUCUUCCGACCCGAACAGAGCGACGGAGAGGGAGGAAGAAUUCAAAAAGACGGCGUUGAUGGUCCAUGUGAUUGAAAACGAACACCGAUUCGAUUUACCUGGUACUAAAAUUCUAGAACAGGACAAUCGUUUGAACGCACUUCAAGUUCUUGAAAUGUGUCACAUUUUUUGUGACACCAAAACGGUUAACUAUAGAACCGACACAAGUAAUUUAAGUGUUGUUUACUCGGGUCUUCUGCACUCAAUCACGAACGGACAAAGAUAGCAGAACAUCGUCACAGCACGCUGUGAUUCUCUGUUUCUGUUAAUGUUUCCGUCCUUUAUGUUCCAUCUUUUCGUUUGACGUCUCCACUCAUAGACAUUUUAAUUCAAACCUGUUUAGAUGUGCCUAGGUGAAAGCUGUGUAAGUUUGUGCUCCGUCCAAUGUUUUAAUUAUUGUAAAAACGAAUCAAGUCAUUAUGUCCGAAAUUUGUAUGUAUAAUUACAGUGUAAUGUUGUUAGCCGUUCCAUCAGUCCAUGUCCAAACCCACUUGACCUAAAAACAACUUUUGAUUUUGCCCUGAAGAUGAGUGAAUAAACGCUCGAAACGUCGGCUUUAAUUAAAACAGUUGUUUUAUAAGCAACCCGAGGACCGAAAAUACGCCAGCAAUCGCUAUCAAAUUAUCAAAGACGGUCGUUAUUUUA